AUGAUGAAAAAGCUUCAACUAUCGAAUGAAAAGAAAGCAGAAAUUGAUCGCAAGCUCAAGGAAAUUGAGGAGAGACGAGAUGAUACCGUUGAAGACUUGAAAGACACGAUAUUCGAAAUCAAUUCAGAAAAGAACGUCGGCAAAGUUCUUUUCCAGAGUGAUAUCCUACUGACAAAGAGGCAACAAGAAGAAGUAAUGGAAGCGUCGAAGGAACGUCCGGUCGAUCCAAAAGACAAGCGUUCAAGGAUCAAGCAUAUCCUAACACCACGUGGCAGCAAGGAGUCUUCUACCGCUUCGACGAUGACUUCAUUACAAAACGAAUAUUCCAAAUGGGUGCGAAACAAUGGGAAGAAGCAACCUGCCUCAAUUUCACCGAAGAUAAAGACAAAAAAGCAUUGUGUUAAUCAAGAGGAUGGCUGCUGGUCAUAUGUAGGACGAGUCGGUGGUGAGCAACCUCUCUCACUUGGUGACGGCUGUGAUCAGGUUGGAAUCGCUACACAUGAACUCGGUCACGCGCUUGGGCUCUUCCACACCAUGUCACGUUACGAUCGUGAUGAAUUUAUUACAGUCGUUCUUGAUAAUGUUGUGGAAGGUUUCGUGGAUCAAUACGUGAAAGAGACAAAUGAAACCACUACCAACUAUGGAUUCACCUAUGAUUAUGGUAGCAUUAUGCAUUACGGAGCAGCCAGCGCUUCUCACAACAAGAAACCCACAAUGGUAGCCAAUGAUACAAGGUACCAGGAGUCGAUGGGUUCGCAGAUCAUUUCGUUCAUUGAUAAGUCUAUGAUUAACGAUCACUACAAUUGCAAAGGUAAGGGGACCAUGUUAAGUCUGACAUGUGAAGGGGGCUGGACAGCGUUUCUGUUCAGCAAAGUGCCCAAAUGCACCUCAGCGAAGUGCCAAAAUGGAGGAUUCCCUCAUCCACGAAACUGCUCCGAAUGUAUUUGUCCAAGUGGCUAUGGUGGCGCACUUUGCGACAAGCGAAGCCCCAAGGCAGAUCCCUCAAGGUCAAAAAAGACUUGGUUUGGUGCUGGUGUAAGGGAUGAGUUCAUGUUCUGCAACUACUGGAUUGAGGCUGACGAAGGAAAGAAGAUUGAAAUUACGGUCAAAUCUAUUUCACAUGGCUACGCUCAUGAUGGCUGCAUUCUAGGAGGCGUGGAAAUCAAGACCACUGAGGAUCAGACUCGAACUGGAUACCGAUUCUGCUCACCAACCUAUCGCGACGCAGUGCUCGUUUCGGCCUCAAAUCGUGUCCCCAUUAUCAUGUUCAACAGAGCCGGGCCAACAGCAAUUCAUAUUGGAAUACAAAAUCAAUUCAUGAGAGUAUAG